AAAUGGCCAGUGUGACGUCACAUCGGGAACGCAUUUCUGCUAUUGAAUAGCAGCUAUUCUAUAACGUUAGUAUUAUAGCAAACACUAAAAGAUAUAUUUUUUAAGAAGUUUGCUAAAAAAAUUUUCCGGUAAGAUGCCACACAGAUGCGUCGUGUUUGGAUGUUCAAACACAUCAAAUUCGAAGAAGGGGAUUGCUCUCCAUAGAAUCCCAUUUGUGAAUGAUACCAGACCAGAAGCUAAGAAACGUAGAAAAGCUUGGGUUGAUUUUGUCAAAAGAAAACGAAAAAAUUGGGUACCUUCUGCGUCUUCCGAAGUUUGCUCUAAGCAUUUUAAAGAGGAUGACUUUGUGUGUCGCUUUACUGGUGAGAUGGGAGUGAGUAAUUCGGAUACACCACUGCUUGUAGCUCCCACACUUAAGAGGGAUAAUAUUGGCAUAUGUGUCUGGCCUUCAAAGCUUAAUGAAACAGAAACCGUGUUAUCAGAACGAGAUCGUCGUCGCAUUGUAUUUCACGCUCGGUGUGCAAAUUACGAAGAGUGCAGCGUGAGUCAAGAAGGAAGCAAUUUCCAAAAUAUAGAAUCUUCUCAGCCUUGCACUUCUUUAAAUAAUGUAUCUGCUGAAAAUACAGAUGAAUGUAUGCAAACAGACACUAUGACUUUCAUUGAUGAAACUGAUAACAGUUUUCAUGGACCACUCAAAGAUCCUGGCAAAUCAGCACAUGAGUGGGUAAAUGCAAAUGACAAGUGGAUCCAGACAUUGCCACUGAAAUGUCAAAACUGUGUGAAACUGACUAGCAAGCUGCUCCAAAUGAAGAGAAGAAAAAAAAAAGAUAUGCUGCUAUAUGCUGUGCAUGGUGCCUUAUGUAAUGUAUACAUGUUCUGAUAAAUAACUACUCUUU